CUGCGGGUUUGGAUUCUCUCGAACCCCGAUUGGGGGAAAGCAAAACGAAACGAAUCACUCGUUCUCGCCUUGCAGUCUCUGUCGGCUGAGGAACGGAGCUCCGGUGGCUCACAGCGUCGACGAGGUUUUGCUUUUGUUGCUGUCCUUGUGAUCCUCGAUAAGCGGUCUAUGCGUCGCUGGCCAGACUUCCCGAGCAGAUCCUUCACUCUCGCUUCUUCUCCGGGCGGUCGAGAGAACGGCGAUUAUUUACCCCUCUGGAAAAUCAGACGUCGGUCGCCUUUCUCCCUUCUUAAGCAGAAACGGCUCUUUGCUGAUUCCACCUUCCGCUUCCUCUUCCCAUUCCGAGCAGAGUCCAGUGGAGCGAAGCGGCGAUCCCUCGAGUCGAUAUCCUCUUCUCCCCUAUCCUCGAGUAGCAUCGCCUCCGCCCUUCGAACCGAACUCCUUUUGUCCGGCUUCUCUUCUGUUCUUCGUCAAGUGCCGAGGUUGCAGCUUCGUUUCCGUCAACCGAGAGUGAGAAAAAUAGAGCGCAGUGUGAGAGUACUUAUGCGCUCAAGCAGUAACCUUUCAUGUUUCAACACCCUCACUGAGCAAUAGUUUGGAUUUUUGGAGACUUUUGAAUUGUAAGCUUUGAGAUCAUGGGAUUCCGAGAGAAUUUAGACUUCUAUCUCAAAAUGUCACGAAAGGAGCUUCAACAAUUGUGUAAACAACAUGAUCUUCCUGCAAAUACGAGUCAUGCUAUAUUGGCCAACUCUUUGGCUUCACACUUUCAGAAAAGAAAUGCUGUUUUGGCAGAUUCACUGGAGAAAUCAGUUAAUUUUAUGGAUGGAUCUUCUAAGAAGCUAUUUGCAUCUGAACCAAUCACUAAAAAAACAGUUCCUUGCCCUGAUGAAUUAACCACAGGUAACAGGCGACUAUUCUGUCAGCUUGGUAGUAAGAGUGAAAUUAACGGUCCCACAGACAGUAUUAUGAAUGAGAAGCCAGAAACUGUAACAAAAGUGUUAUGCCCAUUAUGGCCUGUCAAUAGUAAAGAGCAGAAGUGUAUUCAGGGUGCUGUUCCAUGUGGACAUAGUAGACCUCAUGAGUACUCAAUGGAAAGUGCACUUGUUUCUGGCAAUGAAAUUUCUACCAGAAGUCCUCCAUUUCAAUUUUUUGUGAUGUCAGAAGGUGGAAUAGAUUUAUUUGUUGACUUGAAUUCUAGCCCACUGGAAUUGAUCAAUAGCUUAAAAGAAAAUGUCUGUGUUCAUCAGAAUACACAAUAUCAUGAGUCAAUGGCUCCUCCUGAAUAUAUCAGUAAUUCACCAGAAGUUGAUGAACAUAUGAAAAUUACACCAUCAGUUGACACUGGGAUGAACCUUAAUGGCAUUGAAGUUGAGAAGAACACUGGUUGUACAAAUUCAUCAUUGAGUUCUGUUGUCAGCGAGAACAGCAAUUCUGAGGCUUAUCCACCAGAUACCACUGCAGCGACAUCUGGAUCUUUUUUUUUAGUAUCAAACACUGUCCCGGUUGGGUCAUUGGGAUUUUUGGAGGAAAAUCAGGUAGUUUCAUCUUCCUGUGCAGCAUACACGGUGCAAAACCACUUGGCAUCCCACAUGGCAUCAUGCCCCCCUGAAGGGCAAGAGACUGCUAUUGUUUCAUUUGCAAUGGUCAGGAGUAAUGCAUCACUACCUGUCAUGCCUCUUCAAUCAGUUUCUAACAUGGACAAUGGGGUCAAUAAUCCUGUUACAGUUGGCGUCGAAGUUGAAACUCUAUAUGAUACAGUAUCUGAUGUUGCUGACAAAGAUAACCUUACAACAAGGAAAGAAAUAUCAGAUAAUAUAGACACACUUGACUAUGUCCAUCAAAAAAAUCAUGGGGGAGCAAGUGAGUCCUUUACAGGUUUUAAAAAUGAGCAGCCAGACAACACAAUUUUUCAUGGGAGAUUGUCAAAUUCUUGUCAACAUAGUGGACAGAUGAUACUAGAUAGUCCAAUGGCUGAUGCACAAUCGGAAGUGGGGACAGCAGAUCUUCCUUUCUGUCGGCAAUCAUGCAGUAAUUGUGAAACUUUGGUUCCUGAGGAACCGAUAUCAAUGUCUCAAGAUGAAUCGGGUCAUAGCACACCAAUGGGGGAAAAGGAUGCUUCAGAAUGCUCUAGAAUCCUAUCAACCUCAGCCAACACUAAGAGAUCUAACAACUUAGAGAAUCCCAAGGAGCCCCAUGUUAAGAGGCACCAUGUUUGUAGUGAAAUCAUGAGUGAGGAGACAGUCACAAAAUUGAGAAACAGUAGAAGUUCAGCAAAGAAAAUGUUGUCUGGUGCUAUUGUUCUGCCUAGGCGUUCCAUGAGGCUUGUUUCUAAGUAACCAGCUUUCUGUAUCAAAAACAUUGUACCUGUACUUUGCCAGAUAACACGCCAUUCAUCCUUGCUCUGAUGGACUUGCUUUCUAUUUAAGAACCGAAGAAAGCAACACUGAAUGAUUUAUACAGCACUUGCCCCUAUCAUCAAAAUGAUUUUAGGCCAGGAUGUUGUGUUGUAUAGUUUAGAAAUAAAACUCAAGUGCCAACAAGCUGCAACAUUGUAAUCUUAAGUUCGUUGAGUCGUGGCAUCUGAAAUUGGAUAUCCAUUUUAGCCUUUGAAGACUCUGUACCUUCGAAUGCCAAAAGAAACAUCUGCUGAAAUCAACGUCGCAUUCUUUGAAAUCUCAGAUUCUUCUGAUGGCGAAAGUCCCUGUAUCAUUGUGCUCAACAUUCAUACAUAUGGAUCAUAUACUUCAUCAACAAUGGGCAGCCUUGUUGCUUUUACGUUCAUUGCUUGUAGUGUUGCGCGCACUCUCUUUUUAAAUUACAGCCGUCAGUUGUUUCAUUCUUUGUA